UCGAGGAUGGCUCUCGGCGCGCUCCGGUGACGCAGACGCUGCGCCGGAAGUGCGCGCUGCCGGCCCUCGGGCUCCGUGAUGGCGGCUGCUGGGGCGCGCUGGAACCAUGUGUGGGUCGGCACUGAGACUGGGAUUCUGAAAGGGGUGAACCUUCAGCGCAAACAGGCGGCGAACUUCACGGCGACGGGACAGCCGCGGCGCGAGGAGGCGGUGAGCGCCCUGUGCUGGGGCGCCGGCGGCGAGACUCAGAUCCUGGUGGGCUGCGCCGACAGGACAGUGAGGCACUUCAGCAUCGAAGAGGGCAGAUUCCAGGGCCAGAGGCACUGUCCCGGAGGGGAGGGCACGUUCCGAGGGCUCGCCCAGGUGGACGGCACCCUCAUCACAUGUGUGGAUUCUGGGAUUCUCCGAGUCUGGCAUGACAAUGACAAAGAGGCAUCCUCUGACCCACUCCUGGAGCUGAGGGUGGGCCCUGGGGUGUGUAGGAUGCGCCAAGACCCAGCACAUCCCCAUGUGGUUGCCACAGGUGGGAAGGAGAAUGCUUUGAAGGUGUGGGAUCUGCAGGGGUCUGAGGAGCCUGUGUUCAGGGCCAAGAAUGUACGGAAUGACUGGCUCGACCUGCGGGUUCCCAUCUGGGACCAGGACAUACAGUUCCUCCCAGAGUCACAGAAGCUUGUCACCUGUACAGGGUACCACCAGGUCCGUGUCUAUGAUCCAGCUUCCCCCCAACGCCGGCCAGUCCUAGAAGCCACCUAUGGAGAGUACCCACUGACAGCGAUGACCCUCACUCCUGGGGGCAAUUCGGUGAUCGUGGGGAACACUCAUGGGCAGCUGGCAGAAAUUGACCUUCGGCAAGGGCGCCUACUGGGCUGUCUGAAGGGGCUGGCGGGCAGUGUCCGAGGGUUGCAGUGCCACCCUUCAAAGCCCCUCCUAGCCUCCUGUGGCUUGGACAGAAUCUUGAGGGUACACAGGAUCCGGAACCCACGGGGCCUGGAGCAUAAGGUUUAUCUCAAGUCUCAACUGAACUGCCUCCUCCUGUCAGGCAGGGAUAACUGGGAGGAUGAGCCCCAAGAGCCUCAAGAGCCCAAGAAGGUGCCCCCAGAAGACACUGAGACAGAUGAACUUUGGGCAUCCUUGGAGGCAGCUGCCAAGCGGAGGCUCCCUGAUUUGGAGCAGACCCAAGGGGUUCUCCAAACCAAACGGAGAAAGAAGAAGCGGCCUGGGUCCACUAGCCCCUGAAGAGCCUGUGCUCACUUUGUAAAUAAAAAGCUCAACACCGC